UGCUGCGGAAUGUACGAAAAUCGGCAGCAUGUAAAUUGAAAAAUUUAGAAAAGAAUCUCGAUCCCGGAGCCAAAGCAGGACCUCAAAAACGUCUUUAGCAGUUCUUCCACCGAGUAACAGUGAUGCGCAUUUGGAACAGCUUUGUCAAGAAGUAGUCAUGAAGUUUAAUGAUUCUAAAGUAGCUUCCAAAAAGCAACUAAAAAAAUUGUCAAACUUCGUUGCUGAGCUUCGUGAGCAGCAUACUUCUACGCUGACAGUCUUAGAAAUGCUGGAAUCCAUCGAAGUGAAAGUUAAUAGUUUGCUUAGUAUAUCUAGCAGACCUCUGGAUCGGCGGAAGCUGGAUAUUUGGCGCGCAAGUUUUGCUUCAAUAAAAGCAAAACACUCGCGUCAAACGAGAAAACUUGGUAAAAGUGAUCAUCAGCAGCAGCAUCAGAGCCCGAGAAAAUCCAGAACUGGACCUCAUCGGACGUUGACAGCGGCAAUUAAUUAUGGAUAUCUUGAUUCUUCGAUUCCAGUCGGUUCCUACGAUCAUGACAGUUUUUCGUUCCUUAGCGUAGCUGAUGCUAAUACCGAUUGUGUGCGUUGCAUAUGUGGUACCACGGAUGACGAUGGACCUAUGAUACAGUGUGAAAAAUGCAAUUUUUGGCUUCACGAAGAAUGUGUUUUCGAUGAAAAACUAUUUGAUGAAGUUAAGGAUUUUGUUUGUAUCAUGUGUGUCCGAAAUGCUCAACGCACGUCAACGGCAUCAAUUCCAUUGCGUAUUCAGCCUGAUUAUAAUUUCAAGAACUGUACUUAUUAUCGGACAUUGGUGAAUUCACGGCAUUUGCAAGUGCGUCUCAGCGAAACGGUGUAUGUACAGAAACUUGAAAACGACAAUCAUAAAUUGAUACUACGUCGACUGGUGGAAUGCACGAAACGAAGUGGUCCCGUGGCAACUAUAAUUCCUGCUGAAAUAGAAGAUACUGAUAGGGAAUUUUGUCCAGUAUCAUUUCAUCGUAAGAAUGUUAGAUGCUUCCGCAUUGAGCGUCUUUUCUCGUUCGAAGGGCAUAAAUUCGUUUUUGGUUUUUAUUACGCACGACCACAUGAAGUCUAUUGUGAACCGGGCAAAUUAUUCCACGAAAAAGAGCUUUUUGCUACCAAUAUGUAUGAUACACUUCCACUCGAUGCAGUUGUUGGACGUUGUCUGGCUCUGGAAUCAAGUAUUUAUUGUCUUGGAAGACCAAAACUGCCUCAUUAUGAAGAAGUGGAUGUGUACUUUGUGGAAUACCAAACAGGGAAAAAUUCGAAGUUCGAAAAAAUUCCUGCGAAAAACCAAUACUAUAUUAAUACCGAUCCGCUCAUUUUUUCACAUUUCAAACAGAAAUUGACAAUUUCUAAAACAUUUACGCCCUUCGUAAUGGAACAAGAUAUGAAGAAUUUUUCCCGUUUUAAUGCUGCAGAACAUAAGAACUCCGCAAUUUCAAGAAGACGACAGCGAAUGACUAAUUUAGAAAUAGUUCUACAACAUUUGCCGAUAACGGGAAAAAGUAGAGAAUCACUUAAAUCUGUAAGCUGUUCAUCUGAUAAAUCUUCAAAGCAGAAACGACAACGUCAGUUGCGUCACUGAUAUUGAUUUUUUUAGUCAUAGGAUGGUGGUAUUCGUGGAAAUUGACGUAAUUUAUGUAGUUUACAAUCAAUAGAUCUAUUUAGAUAGUGUUAUUUAUAUAAAGUGAUAAGGAACUUUCAGCCUGUAUUGUCCAUCAAAACUUUUCCUGAAAAGUGAAAUAUCGGUUGAGGUCACUGAGUGACUUAGAAGGGACAGCUUGACGACUGGAAUUUUUCUGUUCUGUUCCGAUGUGCAACCAUGCUCCAUUAUCUACUGAUGCAGCUGCUUUGAUUGUUGUAUAUAUUUUCUGUAAUUUGUGCAUUUUUCUAAUUUCCCAUUCAAGUUUAUUUUUAAAAUAGGCAGCGACGCAUUCGAAUUUUUCGUGAAGUCAUUGAGGGAUUUAGGCAUUAAGGAACCGUAUAAAAUGGUAUUUUGUAGACAUGAUACAGUCAUUUCAUUCUUGAUUCCGGGCUGCAAACUGCUGUGAUAUAUAGCAAUAAAUUCUUAGAUAAUGCUAUCUAUAAUGAAACUGUAAUGAACAGAUAUCAUUUAUCUUAUUCUUUUUAAUAAUGUGUAACAUGAAGUAGUUGCAUUAUAUGCAGCAAGCAUAUUUUCUUGCUUUAUCUCCUAUUUUUCUCUUUACUCUUUAGCAUCCAGUAUUUUCCGAUUUUCUGUAAUUUGAUCAUCAAUUUGAACAAAUUCAACCUUUGUAAAGUGUAUAAUAUUUCAUAAUAUUGUACAGGAUUUUUCUUUUCGUCACCAAACAGUUGUGAUAUAUUAUUUUUGUGCUGUUGUUACAACAUUUGUUUUUUUUUUUUUUCACUACUAACAGCAGCUUCAAUUCUUGUCGUUUUUACGUUUCCGUAUCAUAUUUUGCUGAAAAAUAUUUCAACAGUGCUCAUACAAUAGGGCUUUUGGUUUGCAUAUUACUGUUACAGUAUUUGUUUAGUUUUAAGCCUUUAUAUGGCGCAUUAGUAAGAAAAAAGAAGGAGAAAACUUAUGUGCUUAUAAUUAUCAUUGACAGUGUUAAAUUAUCAACGGGACACAUCAUUAUCUGUUUUCAUCGUGUCUAAAUUGACUAAGUACGGUUUGUUAUGCAGU